CAAACUCCUUGCGCACCAAUCACUUACCGAUGCUCAUCCGAACUCUCCUCCCUCGAGUUCAAUACUCACGUCUCCCUCUCCAACCUCAACCUACCGUCAACAAAUCCAACAUGACAAAUUCCGCAUUUUCGUCGAACUUCUCGUGUUUCCGCAAGUCCGUGAGGAUCAACUCCAGAGGCGUAUGUUGUAGCGCAAGACGAAGAGUGAGAUACGGAGACGACGAGGUUGAAGAUGAAGAGUACGGGCACAACAAGGAGAUCGCGAUGCUCGAAUCAUACAGUGAGUCUGCUUGGUCCAAGGCAUUAUUGGUUCGAGCUUUGGUGGAUGGCGAAGAAGAAGAAGUGCUCAUUUUUAGAGGGUUCUCAUCUUGCUUAAGCUCGAGAACUGCAACGGAGCUAUCGAAGAGUGUUCUUCCACAAAAGGCAAUCAUAAAGUCCAUAGAUGUGAUCAAGGGCCCAUUUGAUCCUUCCAACAUUGAAUAUUUGGAGAGGGACUUGACAUGGGAAACUUUCAAGAGUCGCUUACGAACCAAUACGCUUUAGAUUAAGGAAAAUAAUAGGGGCACACCUCCAACCACACCUUCAACCACAACCCCUCUUUUGCUACAGUGCAUUAGGACCCACAUAAGAUUUUUAUUUUAAAAUCAUAUGUGGGUCCCAGUGCAUUGUAACAAGAGAGGGAGUGUGAUCGGAGGUGUGGUUGGCGGUGUGCCCCUAGUGCCUCUCUUAGAUUAAUGGUUGCAUUUUAUUACUUUGCGGGCUUGAAGUACUUUUGUUCUAUGUAAAUGGAUGUUUAUUUAUUUGAUAGUAAUAGCAGACCUUAGCUCA